AUGGCGGCGGGGUCGGGCAGCGCGGCGGCUGUGGUAGCGGUGGGAGGCAGCGGCCCGGCGGGGCCUCAGGCUGCCGGCGCUACGGCGGCGGGAUCCGCCCCGGUGGGGAGCGGUGCGCCGGUGCCGGGCCCCGGGGCGGUGCUGAUCGGGGACCGCCUGUACUCGGGGGUGCUGAUCACGCUGGAGAACUGCCUGCUGCCCGAGCACACGCUGCGCUUCACCCCGUCCAUGAGCAGCGGCCUCGACCCCGAUACCGAGACCGAGCUGCGCGUCACCGGCUGCGAGCUCAUCCAGGCGGCCGGCAUCCUGCUUCGUCUCCCGCAGGUGGCUAUGGCUACAGGACAGGUGCUAUUUCAGCGCUUUUUUUAUACCAAGUCUUUUGUGAAGCAUUCCAUGGAGCAUGUGUCAAUGGCCUGUGUUCAUCUGGCAUCCAAAAUUGAAGAAGCACCAAGACGUAUAAGGGAUGUAAUUAACGUGUUCCAUCGCCUUAGACAUUUACGGGAAAAAAAAAAACCUGUGCCUCUAAUACUGGAUCAAGAAUAUGUGAACUUGAAGAAUCAAAUUAUUAAAGCAGAAAGAAGAGUGUUAAAGGAGUUGGGAUUUUGUGUUCAUGUAAAGCACCCUCAUAAGAUAAUCGUUAUGUACCUUCAGGUAUUAGAAUGUGAACGUAACCAACACCUGGUCCAGACUUCAUGGGUAGCCUCUGAGGGUAAGUGACUAAGACUUCUCCUCUG